AUGAAUUUUCUCUCUGGUGUUGAAUCCCGAACUGCUCAGGCUGCUUCUUCAGGAACUACUCUUUUACCACAAUUCAGGGCCCCAUCCUGGCAGACAGGUAUGCAUUCCUCAGCAGCAACUGAGCUGUUUGUUACUGGACCUUUGCCAACCACUGGAGCACUUCCACCCUCUGCCCUCUCUGCUUAUCAGCAUCCCACCACCUUCAGCAAUAGAAACUUUGCCACCACCUCACCUUUGGUGCUUCAGGAGUCAACUUUUAACACUACAUCCAAUGGAAUUUUAAAUCCUCAUGAUCCUUUGCUGCAAAUCAAGACUUCCCAGGGAACUGUUCCAACCGCUUUGGCAUUUGAGCGCCUGGGCAGUUCUGUGAUAAGUAACAGCAUACCACCUCAGUCUUCAACAUACCGCUCAGCUCAAGAGUCUGCACCCCAUCUUUUACAACCUCAGUUUAGUUUGUUGCCUUCAGCACUUGGAGGAGCCCAGCAAACUCCUCAAGCCUACGGUUCAACUCUCUUUACUAGUUCUACUGCUUCCAUUGAAAGAGCUCUUCUUCGAGAAUGUAGUGUUAUUAAACACCAUCAGCGGCCUUCAGGUACUCAGUCUCUUCAGGCACAACUGACUGAUUCACAGCAUUCCUUACACAGUUAUCUAUCAAAUGCAAGUGUGGUUAAUUUUCAGGAAACCAGCAGGCAGUCAUCUUUAUCCUGUAACCCAAUUGGAGAUUCUACUCAGGUGAGCAAUGGAGGAUUGCAGCAGAAGACAUCCCAGGUCUCAGUGGAACUUGCUCAGUCCUAUUCAUCUGCAGUUCCAUCAUCAGGGUAUCCUCCUUCUACUACAAAAGUAAAAAGCUGUUCUACAAAACAACCACUAGCAUCAGCCAAGUCCCCCAAACCUCAAAGUAUAAUUCCUCCUGUGCAAACACUAAGCUAUUCCAAACCUUUACAUAACCAGAGUUCUGUAAUAUCAGGCCAAGCACAAAUUUAUUCUACAGCACAGCUACCAAGCCUUUUAUCAGUUAGUCAGUCUCAAAAUUAUGGUUUAGUACAGCCACAUAAUGUGCCAUCUAUUGUUCAUUCACAUGUUUAUAGGUCCAGCAAAGUUGAGAAGUUGCCAUCUUUAUAUAAAACAUUGACUUUUUCUGGGUCAUCUCAGACUAUAACUUCUGAAAAUCCAACACUUAAUUAUUCUUCUGAUCAGCAAGAGGUAUUAUCUUCAGUUACAAAUGAGAAUUACCCUGCUCAAACAAGAGAUCUAUCUUCAGUUAGCCAGUCUCAGAGUUACUCAUCUGGUCACUCUCAGGGUUUAUCACCAGUUAGUCAGACACAGGUUAGUUAUUCAUCUCAGUCACAAGUUCUGUCAGUUGUUAGUCCUUCAGAAAGCUAUGCUUCAGGGCAGUCCCUAACAUUAACAGCCCCUUCUCUUUCUUAUUCUUCUGCCUCUCGGGCUCAGAAUAUGCCAGAUUCUAGCCCAACUCAGAAUUAUAUUUCUAUGCAUUCUUCCCAAAAUGCUCAGACUCAAGGGUCAUCAUCUCCCCAGUCCCAAAAGUUUUUGCCUGUUGUCCAGUCAUCAUCUUUUGCGUCCUCUACUCAUUGUCAGACAUUACAGAAUAACAUACCUUCCCCUGAUCCAAAGUCUUACGCUGAAAGAAAACUUGACUCAAAUGUGUAUACAUCUUCAAAGCAAGAGGAUGAUUUUCCAAUGCAGGAGUUACAGGUAUUACAGCCGCAAGUAUCUCUUGAGUCAUCAACCCAAAGGCUAUCUGAUGGGGAAAUUAAUGUUCCAGAGUCAGCUUAUAAGGUGUCAAAGACAGAUGACAGAUAUUCCCAGAGCAUAAUCAGAAGUAAUUCCCAUCUUGAAGAUCAAGUUGUUGGGAUUGUUCUACAAGAGUCAAAAAAAGAAGAAAACAUAAUUGGUUCAGUGGCACAGCUUAACCAACAAGUUGGCCAAGUCAAUAAUGCAGCAACCCUUGAUAUAAAGAAGACAACUAAUUUAAUGCAAACUCCACAAAUAAGGUUGAAUACUAAAGACCUAAACCAGCAGCAUUCUCUUAUACAGAAGGUACAUGAAGCCAAGGUCCAGGAGCAGCAUGAUCAAAUAAUUAAUGUCUCAUCUCAGAUUCAAAUUCCAAAUAAUGCUUUAGGGCAUGGCCAUCAGGCAUCUCUUCCUAAUACACAGGUCCUUUUAGAUUCUGCCUGUGAUUUACAAAUUCUUCAGCAGUCAAUACUACAGGCCGGUUUAGGACAGGUAAAGGCAUCUCUACAAGUACAGCGUGUUCAAAGUCCUCAACAAAUAGUACAUCCUUUCCUUCAAAUGGAUGGUCAUAUUAUUCAGAGCAAUGGCGAUCAUUCUCAGCAGCAACUCCAUCCUCAAAAUUCUGAAAUUAUGAAAAUGGACCUCUCUGAGUCUUCAAAACCAUUACAACAACAUCUAACGACAAAGGGCCAUUUCAGUGAAACAAAUCAACAUGAUUCAAAGAAUCAUUUUGUUUCUCUUGGAUCAAUAUGUUUCCCAGAGGCAAUGCUCCUCAGUGAUGAAAGAAAUAUUUUAUCAAAUGUAGAUGAUAUCUUAGCAGCUACAGCAGCAGCUUGUGGGGUCACACCUUCUGAUUUUUCCAAGUCAACUUCAAAUGAAACCAUUCCUGCUGUUGAAGAUGGUGAUUCUAAAUCUCAUUUUCAGCAAUCAUUAGAUGUCGGGCAUGUGACGUCAGAUUUUAACUCCAUAGCAGCUACAGUAGGAAAGCCACCGAAUAUAAAUGAUAUUUCCUUAAAUGGAAAUCAAGUUACUGUAAACCUUUCACCAGUACCUACUCUUCAGUCAAAGAUGACUCUUGAUCAACAGCACAUUGAAACACCUGGUCAAAAUAAAGCUUCUAAAGUAACUUCACCAGUGGUUGGGCCAGGUCAUGAAGUCCAGGAGCAAAGUUCUGGCCCAUUCAAGAAACAGUCUGCUACCAACCAUGAACCUGAAGAAGAUAGCGAAGUACCUGUUGAUAGUACGUUAAAUAAUAACAGAAAUCAAGAGUUUGUUUCUAGUAGUAGAAGUAUAAGUGGAGAGAGUGCUGCAUCGGAGAGUGAAUUCACUUUAGGGGGUGAUGACAGUGGUGUGUCAAUGAACCCGACUAGGAGUACACUUGCACUGUUGGCCAUGGCCCAACCUGGGGAGCCAAUCAGCGUCAAGAUUGAAGAGGAAAACCAAGAUUUAAUGCAUUUUAACCCGCAGAAGAAGAAAACUAAAGGAAAAGGGCAAACUAAAGAGGAAGACAACAGUAAUCAAAAACAGCUGAAAAGACCUGCCCAAGGCAAACGCCAGAAUCCAAGGGGAACAGAUAUAUAUUUGCCAUAUACUCCCCUUUCCUCGGAAAGCUGCCAUGAUGGUUAUCAGCAUCAAGAAAAAAUGAGACAGAAGAUCAAAGAAGUAGAGGAAAAACAGCCAGAAGUCAAAACCGGAUUCAUUGCCUCUUUCUUAGAUUUUCUGAAAUCUGGGCCCAAGCAGCAGUUUUCCACUCUUGCUGUACGAAUGCCUAACAGGACUAGACGACCAGGAACCCAGACUGUUCGUACAUUUUGUCCCCCACCACUUCCAAAGACUGCAUCUGCAACACCCACACCUUUAGUGUCUGAAACUGGGGGUAACAGUCCGUCAGAAAAAGCUGAUAACGACCUUAAAAACUCGGAACAUUUAUCUUCACUUUCUUCUGAUGAAGAUGAUCCUGGAGUAUGCAGUCGUGAUAUUUAUAAAAGCACCUCUACUACCUUAAAUACUUCGGAUGCCACUUCUGAUAAAAAGAAGAAAACAGUUUCAGAAGCCCUACAGGUGGCAACUACUAGUCCAACUGCCAAUACUGCUGGUACUGCUGCUCCUUCCUCCACCACUGUGGGUGCAGUUAAGCAAGAACCUCUCUACUCUACUUCAUCUGCAGUAAAUAUCCUGGAAAAUAGAAACUCUGCAGAACCCCCAAAGUCCAUCGAACUUGAUGGUCUUCCUUCAGACCAGUUUGCAAAAGGACAGGACACUGUUGCCAUAGAAGGUUUUACAGAUGAGGAGAGCACAGAAAGUGGAGGAGAAGGCCAAUACAGAGAGCGCGAUGAAUUUGUGGUAAAGAUAGAAGACAUAGAGACUUUUAAGGAGGCUUUAAAAGCAGGAAAAGAACCCCCAGCUAUCUGGAAAGUACAAAAAGCUUUAUUACAGAAGUUUGUUCCUGAAAUUCGAGAUGGGCAAAGAGAAUUUGCUGCUACAAAUAGUUACCUUGGAUAUUUUGGAGAUGCAAAGAGUAAAUACAAAAGGAUAUAUGUGAAGUUCAUUGAAAACACUAACAAAAAGGAGUAUGUCAGAGUGUGUUCCAAAAAGCCAAGAAAUAAGCCUUCACAAACUAUCAGAACUGUUCAGGCUAAGCCAAGUAGUAGCAAUAAAACUUCUGAUGUUCCAACACCAAAAACUACAACGACAAAAGCCCCUUCCAUGAAACCCAAAGUUAAACAGUUAAAAGUAAAGGCUGAGCCACCACCAAAGAAAAGGAAGAAAUGGAAAGAAGAAUUUUCAUCAUCCCAAUCUGACUCAUCUCCCGAGAUCCACUCUAGUAGUAGUGAUGAUGAGGAAUUUAAUCCUCCAGCUCCCUUUGUCACUCGUUUUUUGAACACAAGAGCAAUGAAGGAAACCUUUAAGAGUUACAUGGAAUUGCUUGUUAGCAUUGCUUUGGAUCCUGACACAAUGCAAGCCUUAGAGAAGAGCAACGAUGAGCUACUUUUGCCUCAUAUGAAAAAAAUAGAUAGCAUGCUGAAUGAUAACCGAAAGAGACUCCUUUUGAAUCUUCACUUGGAUCAGUCAUUCAAGAAUGCCUUGGAAAGUUUUCCUGAACUAACAAUAAUUACUCGAGACUCUAAAACAAAAAGUGGGGGAUCUGCUAUUUCUAAAAUCAAAAUGAAUGGCAAAGCUUAUAAUAAAAAAACUCUAAGAACUUCUAAAACAACUACUAAAUCUGCACAAGAGUUUGCCGUUGAUCCAGAGAAAAUACAGUUGUAUUCUUUGUAUCAUUCACUCCAUCAUUAUAAAUAUCAUGUUUAUCUCAUAUGUAAAGAUGAGAUUUCUUCUGUGCAGAAAAAAAAUGAAGAUUUAGGACAGGAAGAAAUUGUCCAACUUUGUAUGAAAAAUGUAAAAUGGGUGGAAGACCUAUUUGAAAAAUUUGGAGAACUUCUAAAUCAUGUACAGCAGAAAUGUUCCUAA